AUGGCUUUCCCACGAGAGUCGAGCUUCAUGCCGACUAUCAAAUGCUCGUCAUGUGGCCGGCAAGUGGAAAUUUCCAUGAUGGGCGAGCACAUCUGCGGCGGCCCAGGUGCAGAUGCAGAGCCUUCACCGCCGCCAGCUCGCCCAGACAGCAUAGGCUCAUACGACCAACCGCCCCCUCUUGACAGCAAGUAUGGGCGAAUGCCACCUCCGACGCUGGAUACCAGUGCCGCAAAUCUCCCGUAUUCGCGACAAGGCCAGCUCACACCAAUAAGCACAUCAACCGGGUCGAUCAGCAUCUCGCCCAAAACGCCCAGCAGCCAGGCCCUCGGCCGGCCAGAUGACUACUUCCAACCGCAAAUCGCAAACGACUACAAUUCGAAUCAGCAACCUCGACGCCUUGGGGGUUAUGGGGGAUUCGACGACGGGGAAGACUACGGGCCUGACCAGAUGUACCCGAAUGAGCAGAAGAAGCAGGCACCGAGCCUCCUUCAACGUAUGAACACCAUUGCACCCGGACCGUUCGAGAUGGGCAAGAGGCCUGGGGCGCGGGCGGCUGCGAAGAACGCGUUUGGUCCGACUAGGCAGGACUCGUUGACGCCGGAGGACAACGCCACGAACGACCGACCACUAACCUCAGCAUCGAACAACUCUUUCAUGUCUUCUGGGAGCAGUAACGCUGGCGGUAUUGCGCCACCGAGACUGCCGAGAAAGAACGGCUACGGAGGAUUCGGGCCUCCAGGAACGACGCCGGAUGAGUUCGAGCCCGAAACCUUUGUCAGCCGAGCUGGCACCUUCCCCCGCUCUAACGAGCCCGUCGAGCUGCCUAUGAGGACCCCAUCGGCGCCGGGCGCUCGACCAGACAGGUUGAGGGGGGAGCCCAACGGAGCUGGUGAGCAUGAGAGAAAGGUAUCGAUGGGCCCAGAUACAUCAAGGCCGCCGCCUCCCAGAACGAGUCUUCUGCGCCCGAUGACGGCUGGAAGGGAUGGCGCGCCAACACUCGAUUUGGCCAAUGAGUUUGGUGCCUCGAAUCCGUAUCACACGCCGUCAGCUUCGACAUCAUCUGGAGCUUCCCUGUUCAGUCAUGGACGCCAGGCCAGCUCCCAAAGCAGCUCACAGUCUAGCCCAGCAAACCCGCGACCGCGCCGCAACCCGUCCGAUGUGACCCACCUGAUGAACGACAUCGAAUCGUCUAUGGCUGCCAUGCGAUCUCCCAAAGACACCGUGCCGCCACCCCCUCCCCAGAAACCUGCGGCAGAGCCGUACUCCAGCCGCCGCGCACAGCCUUCUGCGGAUCUUCGAGAUGACCCUGCGAUCCAGGGCGGUCGACCCCGUGCGAGAUCACCGCUGGCGGCGCCUGAUUACGAUGUUCGCGACCCGAUGGACCGUCGCAACCAGCAUCAGCGCCAGCCCAGUGAUGUGCAGAGCGUUUCUUCCCCACCACGCAACCGCCCCUCCCGAGGAAACUGCAAGUCUUGCGGCGACGCGAUCAAGGGCAAGAGCAUCUCUUCUGCCGACGGCCGUUUGACCGGACGCUACCACAAGGCUUGUUUUGUCUGCACGACCUGCCGCGAACCCUUUUCUUCCGCCGAGUUUUAUGUCCACAACGACAAGCCUUACUGCGAGCUUCACUAUCACAAGCUCAACGGCAGCCUGUGCGGCACCUGCGGACGCGGCAUCGAGGGUCAGUACUUGGAGGACGAGGAGCGUGUCAAGUACCAUGUUGGUUGCUUCCGAUGUGGCGACUGCGGCAUGUCCUUGUCAAACGGCUACUUCGAGGUCAACGGCAAGGCGUACUGCGAACGGGACGCCUGGCGUCGCAUGCAGCCACCGCCACGAAUGGGCAACGGCACCCAGCGAGGACGUUCGCCUGGCGGUCUCGGCAUCCCGGGAGGUCCCGGCCAGGGUGGCCGCCGCCCCAGCAAUGGCCAGUCUAGCAUGAGACCACCCGUCGGCCUCCCACGCGGGCAGAGAACGGCUCCGGGUGCCGGCCUCGCUCCGCCGAUGCCUCGCAUGAACAAGCGCAACACGAGACUCGGCAUGAUGUAA